GCCGCGUCCAGAGCGGGGCCUGCGCGGGCGCCGGGGCCGGGCCGCGCCGCCGGAGCCGCCGCCUCGGUAACGGCAGGAGCGGGGCGGGCAGCGCCGCACGGACACGCGUGUGCGCAGGGGGCGGUGAGGAGCGGCGGGGCCGCGGCCAGCCCCGGGUGGGGGGGGCCGGGGUUGCGAACGGAGCCCGCUCCUCCAUCCCCGCGCCAUGUCCGCUCGGGAGCCGCAACAGGCGCAGCCCCCGUCGGGCAGCGCGGAGCCGGACGCCGCCGGCGGGUACGAGGCGGUGGCUCCGCACUGGUUCUACUGCAAGGUCACGGACGCGCGGGAGCGGUGGAUCCCGUUCAGCGCCCAGGACUCGGGGCGCCUGGAGGAGGCUCAUAGUGCAGGGAAAGACAAGGAAGACGUGGUUGUCCCAACGUCAGGCGGGAGGUAUGAUGUGCACCUCAAGACGCGGCAGCGCGUCGCAGUGUACUGGGAGGAGGAGGCGUCCGAGGUGCGCCGCUGCACGUGGUUUUACAAGGGAGACAAGGACAAUAAGUAUAUUCCCUACUCGGAGACCUUCAGUGAAGAACUGGAGGAAGCUUACAUGACUGCCGUCACCCAGGAUGAGUGGAAGAAGAAACUGGAGUCCCCUAGCAGAGAAAUCAUUAUCCUGCACAACCCAAAGCUGAUGGUGCACUACCACCCCGUUGCCACCUCCGACGACUGGGGCUCGACUCCUACAGAACAAGGUCGACCUCGGACUGUGAAGAGAGGAGUAGAAAACAUCGCUGCUGAGAUCCCCAAUGGGGAGCCGCUGCAGAUCGAUCACUUGGUGUUUGUGGUGCACGGGAUCGGGCCAGCCUGCGACAUCCGCUUCAGGAGCAUCGUCCAGUGCGUGAAUGACUUCAGGAACGUUUCCCUGAGCAUGCUGCAGGCGCACUUCAAGAAAGCCCAGGAGCAGCAGCAGAUCGGCCGCGUGGAGUUCCUGCCUGUCAACUGGCACAGCUCCCUCCACUCCACAGGGGUGGACGUCGACCUGGAGCGAAUCACUCUGCCGAGCAUCAAUCGCCUGCGUCACUUCAUCAACGACACCAUCCUGGACGUUUUCUUCUACAACAGCUCCACCUAUUGCCAGACCAUCGUGGACACGGUGGCAUCAGAAAUGAACCGUCUGUACCAGCUCUUCCUGCAGAGGAACCCGCUCUUCAAAGGGGGGGUCUCCAUUGCGGGGCACAGCUUGGGGUCCCUCAUUCUGUUUGAUCUCCUGACGAACCAGAAGGCUGCUCCUGAGGAGGAUGAGCACAGUGAAGAGGGGGCCAGGACAACAGCAAGCAACAGGCGUGUGGAGGAGGUAAAAGAAAUCCUGAAGGAGCUGGAGCUGUCUGAAUAUUGUGAGGUUUUUGAGAGGGAGAAGAUGGACAGGCAAGCACUGUUCUUGUGCACAGAGGCAAACCUGAAAGAAAUGGGAAUUCCCUUAGGACCAAGAAUGAAGAUACUUCAUUACAUCAGCUCCAAGAGGGAGAUGCAGGACCAGAGCACAGCAGCUCCCCAGCACAAGGAGUGCGGGUCCCCAUCACAGCACAACCCAGACAACACAGAUGAUGGCAGGAAUUGCCAAUACCGGGACAUUGGCUUAGGACAGGUGUCAGCAAACUACCCUCAGCUGAACUACAAACCCACCAUCUUCUUUGCUUUUGGGUCACCCAUCGGGAUGUUUCUCACGGUGCGAGGAGUGAAGCGGAUCAACCCAAACUACAGCCUGCCCACCUGCAAAGGCUUCUUCAACAUCUUCCACCCUUUCGACCCGGUGGCGUACAGGAUUGAGCCCAUGAUCGUCCCAGAUGUGGAGUUUGAGCCCAUGCUGCUGCCUCACCACAAGGGCAGGAAGAGGAUGCACCUAGAGCUGAAGGAAGGGCUGACUCGUAUGAGCGUGGACCUCAAGAACAACUUGCUGGGGUCCCUGCGGGUGGCCUGGCAGUCCUUCACCCGUGCCCCACUGCCAGCCUUGGAGGCAGCGAGUACCGAGGGGGAAGGAGAGGCAGAGACCAGCGCGGACAAGCAGCCAGACACGAAGGCAGAGGAGCCCCCCCCAGCAGUGAAGGAAGAGGCCUCCCCCAUUAACGUGGGGAGGCUGAACGGGGGGAAUCGCAUCGAUUACGUGCUGCAGGAGAAGCCAAUAGAGAGCUUCAAUGAGUAUCUGUUUGCACUACAAGGGCACCUCUGCUAUUGGGAGUCAGAAGACACCGUUCUGCUGGUCCUGAAGGAGAUCUACCAGACACAAGGCAUUACACUGGAUCAACCUUUGCCAGGGAGCCAGUGACCACCCUGUGCUGUUGUGGCCACUUGAUAUCCCAUUCAACCGAGCACUCACCAGGAAAGUCCAGAUUUCUUCUCUGCCUUCCUCUCUCCUCUGCUGCUGUGUCCCGCAUGCUGCUUCCCAAGUACUUGCUGCUACCUGGAGAUAAGGAUGAUUUUCCUCCACGUAGGGUAAGGGCAGAGGGGGAAGAACCAUCAAGGGAAAACACUUCUGCUCUCACACACGCAGCACUUGAACUGUGGCUCCCUGUGGCAACAUGUACUUUUACCCCUCCACCUCCUAAGUUACCACACUAGCUCCCCCAGCACCAAAGCAGAGUUGCUGUCAGGGCUAGGAACUAACAUCGAGGGCCUGACUCUGCUCUGGCUUAGUGAGGAAACUCAUAGCUUAUGACCUCGAGGAUUAAAAGCCUUAACACUGCGCAGCGUGGAGAGCACUACAGCAGCCUUGUCGAGCGCCGAUCGCUGACUUCUCCCUGCCCCGACACACAGCAGCAGGCGUGAGGACCGGGGUGGUCUUUGGGAGGUGAAGCCCAGGUUCAGGAAGCUGCCAGGAACGUGUUCCCCAGCCACGGGCAUCGCCUUGAACUGCUGCUGCAUGGUCUGUGCACCCGCAGGGUCUGUGUGCCAGCGCAGUCUAUGGGGCGCUGGCUCUGCUCCGAGGGGGACAGGGAGCCUCUGGUGAUCCCCCCCGUGACCACAUCACCUCUGGAUCCCUGGGCUGAGCCUGAAGCCGCUGCAGUGACAUGUCAGGACGUUGCUGUGGCAGCCUUUGGAAGAACCAAACCACUUCCCUUCCCGCUGGUGUUUGCCCUGCAUGGGCUACGGAGCCUUUAUCUGCCGCCUGUUUGUUGUUCGUCCUCCGCUGUACCACGUUAUUUGCACUAUCUGAAAGGUUUUGUUUGCAGCCUCCAGCCCUCCUCCCCUCCCAAAGGAACAGAAGCUGUUCUUUACCUGACUGCAGAGGCAGACAAGCUGCUCAGUCGGCGCCUGAACUACUGGUUGCUAAAGCAGUCUCCUACGAGAGGAGGAAGAGUCUUACAUGGGACACUAACGAUCAGCUUUUUAAGUUAUGCACUUUGUUAAAAGAAAAGUUAAAUACAUUUUAAAUGUUAUUUAAUGUCUUUUUUCCAGUAAAAGCCAAAAUAAAUAA